UAAAGUAAAUGUUUUCAUAGGUUAAAGCGCGUGGAGACACAACAAACGUCAGUAAACGUUAAUAAAAUCAUUGUUAUAUAACAACAAUUCUACUUGUACACCCCUGUGCAUGAUUUCAGGAUGUUUAAUGGUCUUACCUUUUGCUCGUAGCCGUAGUUUUAAUUUCAAGUAAGAUUCGCUGGUUAGUUUUUUUUCAAGCGUUUGAUUUCAACUAAGUUUUGAAAGUCUUGCAGUGUUUUGAUGUCCCCAGAGUCACAAUGGCCAGUCUUGAACAGUGGGUUAGUGAUCAGCUUCAUGACAUCCUGGGUUUGAGUGACAGAUAUGUGGCCCAGUACAUGAUCGGUCUGGUGCAGAAGUCCUCUGGACCUCAGGACUUUGUGACUCGUCUUCAGCAAACUGGAACCAUUGACAUUGAUCAAAGAAUCACAGCGUUCGCACAUGAGUUAUACAACAAGGCCCCCAAAAAACAUGUGGUAGAGAAACCCGCCCGAGCGGUGGAACGACAUGUGAUGGAAAUGGAGAGAAAGAACAGAACUUACACUCUUCUGGAAGACAGUGAGAGUGAUGAAGAGACUGUCAGAGAAAGCGGAAAAGAGACGAAAAGCAAAGACAGAGACAAAGGAAAAAAGAGGAAACAUCUCAGACAGAAACAAGAGGACAGUCCAUCGUCCGACGAGGAGGACAGAAAGACGAGCUCUAAAGCUGUGGAUGAGCCAAAGAAAGCUGCUAAAGACGAGGAGGAAGAAGAAGAAUGGGAAAGAGAGGAGAGAGAGAGACUCCAAGACCUGGAGGAGAGGGACGCCUUUGCGGAGCGUGUCAAGCAGAAGGACAAAGACAAGACCAGACACAUACUUGAGAGAAAUGACAAAAAGGCAUAUGAGGAAGCACAAAAGAAGCUAAAGAUGGCUGAAGAGGAUCAAAAGAAGAUGCUCCCUGAAUUAAGGAAACAGUCGCGUCGGCAGUAUCUGUCCAAAAGAGAGCAGGAGAAGCUGGAAGACCUGCAGGCGGAGAUUGCAGAUGAGGAAUAUCUCUUCUCCACAGACAACCUUACAGACCGGGAAAGGAUAGAUUUGGAAUAUAAAAGGAAGGUGCGAGACCUGGCACAAGACUACAAGAAAGCAGGGGCCAAAGAAAAAGAGGAGAGAAAAAACAGAUACUACAUGCCUGAGGAGAAAAGAAACAAGUCCAUUCCUCAAAGAGACAUGGAGCUGGAGUUUGAGGAGAUGCCUAGGGAGGGAGGGGGGGAACAGGGCCGGUGGGAGGAGGCAAGAGUUGCCACUGCCACCCUGCAGUUCGGGGCCAGAGAAGAGAGGGAACGCCGAAUAAAGGAGGAGAAGGAGAAGUACCAACUUAUUCUAGAGGAAGAGGAGAUGAUCAACUUUGUCACCACGGCCAUGACCAUGAAGGGAACACUAUCAGAGAAGGAAAGUGAACCAGAGUUAUCACAGGCUGAGAAACAGAAACAGUCCAUCCAGGAGGUCAGGCGCAGCCUGCCCAUCUUUCCAUACAGAGAAGACCUUCUAGCUGCCAUCAGGAACCACCAGAUCUUGGUGAUAGAGGGUGAGACCGGAUCCGGCAAGACCACCCAGAUACCUCAGUAUCUUCUGGAAGAUGGUUACACUGAAGGGGGAAUGAAGAUCGGCUGCACUCAGCCUCGACGAGUGGCGGCCAUGUCCGUAGCAGCCAGAGUCGCACAGGAAAUGAGUGUCAAACUGGGAAACGAGGUGGGCUACAGCAUCCGUUUUGAGGACUGUACGUCAGAACGCACCAUCCUGAAAUACAUGACGGACGGCAUGUUGCUCAGAGAGUUUCUUACGGAGCCUGAUCUCGCCAGUUACAGCGUGGUCAUCAUCGAUGAAGCUCACGAGCGAACGUUACACACAGACAUUCUCUUCGGCUUGAUCAAAGAUAUCGCCCGCUUCCGUCCCGACCUAAAGGUCCUGGUGGCCAGCGCAACCCUGGACACAGAGCGUUUCUCCCGCUUCUUUGAUGAUGCGCCUGUUUUUAGGAUUCCAGGACGCAGGUUCCCCGUGGACAUCUUCUACACAAAGGCUCCAGAAGCAGAUUACCUGGAAGCGUGUGUCGUUUCUGUCCUGCAGAUCCAUGUCACCCAGCCAGCUGGAGACGUGCUGGUCUUCCUCACAGGGCAGGAAGAGAUUGAGGCAUGCUGUGAGCUGUUACAGGAGAGAUGUAGGAGGUUGGGGUCGAAGAUAUCUGAGCUCCUUAUUCUGCCCAUCUAUGCCAACCUGCCCUCUGACAUGCAGGCCAAAAUCUUCAAUCCCACCCCGCCCGGGGCACGCAAAGUUGUGGUGGCCACAAAUAUCGCAGAGACUUCUCUUACCAUCGAUGGAAUUAUCUAUGUGAUUGAUCCAGGCUUCUGCAAACAGAAGAGUUACAAUGCUCGGACAGGGAUGGAGUCCCUCAUUGUCACCCCCUGUUCAAGGGCCUCGGCCAAUCAGAGAGCGGGCCGUGCAGGAAGAGUGGCUGCAGGGAAGUGUUUUCGCCUGUACACGGCGUGGGCCUUUAAACACGAGAUGGAGGAGACCACAGUCCCAGAGAUCCAGAGAACAAACCUGGGCAAUGUGGUUCUGUUGCUCAAGAGCCUGGGUAUAAAUGACCUGAUUCACUUUGACUUCAUGGAUCCUCCUCCUCAUGAAACGCUGGUCUUGGCUCUGGAGCAGCUCUACGCUUUGGGGGCCCUCAACCACCUUGGAGAGCUCACUAAACUUGGCCGAAGAAUGGCUGAACUUCCUGUGGACCCCAUGCUGAGUAAAAUGAUUCUGGCCUCAGAACAUUAUAAGUGCUCUGAGGAAGUUCUGACUAUAGCGGCCAUGGUGUCCGUUAACAACUCCAUCUUCUACCGUCCCAAAGACAAAGUGGUUCACGCCGACAACGCCCGGAUGAACUUUGUGGUACCGGGAGGGGAUCACAUGGUGCUGCUCAAUGUAUACACGCAGUGGGUAGAAAGUGGUUAUUCGACUCAGUGGUGCUUCGAGAACUUCAUCCAGUUCCGCUCGAUGAAAAGAGCUCGAGACGUGCGGGAACAGCUGGAGGGAUUGAUGGAAAGGAUUGAGGUGGAACUGUGCAGUGCCAACGGUGACACCAUGCCCAUCCGCAAGGCAGUGACGGCUGGAUAUUUUUACCACACGGCACGGUUGAGCAAAGGGGGUUACAAAACAGUCAAGCACCAGCAGACGGUUUACGUCCAUCCCAACAGCUCCCUGUUUGAGGAGCAGCCGCGCUGGCUCAUCUACCAUGAGCUGGUCUUCACCACCAAAGAGUUCAUGAGACAGGUGAUAGAGAUUGAGAGCGGCUGGCUCCUUGAAGUGGCUCCUCAUUAUUACAAGAACAAAGAGUUGGAGGACAGCAGUAGUAAGAAGAUGCCACGCAAACAAGGCAAAGCCCGUGAAGAACUGGGCUGAC